GAUGUGCUUGAAAGUCCGCUCUCGGGCGCUGAGCUAUGAUAGAUAGUCUACAUGCCAUUCGAAUCAUAUAAAUUCUGUGCUGGUGAAAAGGUAUCCAGUUAUAAGACAUUAACAUAGAAACAUCACCGAUUCAUCUUCUUCCUGAAUAAUGCGCGAGCGACGGUUCGUACCUUCCGGAUGAAAAUGCGGCGCGGACGGACGGAGAGCUGAGUGCGAAUGAAGUGAGCUGUCGCGCUGUUUAAUUAUUUUACAGCGCCGUCUGUUAAAAAAAACAACGUGACAGCUUGGCGGUGACCAAGCAUCAUUUAUCUUUUGCAAACUAAGCAAGCAAGGCUCGUGCCUACCGUACCGAGCAUUGAGAAGAUGAAAGUACCACGUCAACUGUUACAAGCAAUUCAUAACUGAGGCACUAUAACAAAUCUCCAUCGGAGCUUCUUAUCGGAACUCAGCUCCUGCAUGUUUUAAAUGUAUCGUCAUGAACUCGCUUCGUGUGCGCGCCUUGCCCGGUCGUUUAGGUCAAAGAGAGCGCGCCUUCUUGGUGCGAGUGAUUUGGUUCGUGCUUGGAUUCGUUUUCGCGCUGUGGUGCUGCUACGACAUGGCAGCGCGCUCCACGAAGCGUUGGGACAGCAGAGAGGGCGAGGCGUUUCUCUUCGUGGCGAUACUGUCGUCCCACAAGACGGAGCAUCUUCGAAACGCCGCGCGCCAGACUUGGUUGAAGCUGGCUGUCGCCUCCGAACGGCGCGUCGUCUACAAGUUCUUCGUGGCUGCAAAGGGGGUGCCGCGGAAGUGGGUCGAGAAGCUCCACCGAGAGCAGAGUCAGUUCAACGACGUGGUAGUCAUCUACGAAGCCGCGGACACGUACGAGAAGUUAACGUCGAAGCUGGUAUACAGCCUGCAGUGGGUCGUAAAGCACUACUACUUCGACUUCUUGCUGAAGCUGGACGACGAUUCGUUCGCCAGAGUGGACGCCAUCGCCGACGAGCUGGCACAGUGGAAGCAGGACCAUCCGGGCCGGGAGCUCUACUGGGGCUACUUUGCCGGAAACGCGCCCGUCUUUACGUCCGGAAAGUGGGCCGAACGGACGUGGUACCUCAGAGACGGCUAUUACCUGCCUUACGCGCGCGGCGGGGGAUACGUUCUAUCCCUUGGUGCAGCGAGACACGUCGGAACCAUGGGCGUCAUAAUCUUCGAACAGUACUCCAGCGAAGACGUCUCGGUGGGCGUUUGGACGGCACCGCUGAGGCUGGAGCGCUGGCACGACCGUCGUUUCGACACGGAGUACCGCUCGCGCGGAUGCUUCAACUCGUACCUGGUCACUCAUAAGCAGACGGCAUCUAUGAUGUACGAGAUGUACAGAAACCUCCAACAGGACCGUAAACCUUGUCAGCGGGAAGCGAGGUGGAGGCUCUCGUACGAGUACAACUGGAGCGUCCCGCCUGCGCAGUGCUGCGUACGCAACAUGACGGAUGCGACUCUGAGGCGGCCCAGGACAUUACGCUUGAGGCACAGUCUGUGAUUCCACACGUGCUGAGCUUGUUCAUUCGUAGUAUUCGCUCCUAGUGUCCACGCAAACGCAUAGAAAAUGCACAUAGUAGACGCCGAUCUCACAAGCCAGGAUUACAUUUGCAUCACCAUGUGUGAGCGAAUCUAUACACGAGUGUCACUAGUUCCAAGAUGUUUGCAAAGCCCGUUUAGGCAAUGAUUGUCGAAGAUGGUGUUUUGUAAUACUAGUCAGCUGAUUCAUAUGGGUGUCAAUGACUACUGUAACACAAGUUUUUAGCACUGUCCAAACAUGACAUAAGCCUGCAAAUGCAUAGAGCAUACAUUAUUUUAGCACAACUCAUACAGCCAUUGCCGGUAAAUGUUUGCAGGGUUGACAUACGACAGAACAGCAAAUGAAACAUUCAUUCAACAUUUAGUUGCUUCAAGCGCAGCCGCGGUGACAACACUAUCCUGCACAAUAAAUUAUAUGCCAGAUCCAUCCAGCAUUUGGCAAAUACAACCAUUGCUACUAUGAAAGCAAGAAAAAAUGCUUCCUGCUGUAAACCAGUUUACCAAAUGCCCAUUGCUUAUUGUGUGGACUUGUCACUUUUAAUUAUUUAUUUAUUACUAAUACUUGAAACAUUCUCCUAAAAUUUCACUGCCUCUUAGUUACUGAAUGAGUUUGUGAGUGCAAGUUUUCUAGCUCCUUCAUUAUGAUGUGGCUUGUUAUGUUAUUGUGUAUGUGUGGCGAAUGCGAUAUCGUAGCCAAUAACAAACAAGUAGAUAAGACAAGAACAAGGUAAACAUUAUUAGUGGACGAACUACUUAGCAAGUUUUCCUAAAGAUGCGUACAAUGGAUGCAGAUUCUGAGAUUUCAUAGCUUAAAGUGAACAAAUCUACGAGAACAAGCUGCGCUAAAAGAACAGUGUGUUCACAGUGCUGUGUGUGCAUUCUAAUUCAACGAAAGUAGUACAAGAAACAUGUACAUGAACUUUACUGAGAUGGCCAUUGACAAGAAAUAUGGCCACUAAGACAAUGCCUUAAAAGCAGUUGGAGUUCCUUGUAUGUGAUAAAAAGUGAAAGCGUGUUGGUAGUUCAUUUCCUUACCAUCCAUCUUCACAUUGUGUAGCAACGGUUGCGUGGGUGGCUGGUUUUUCUACAUGAAAGUAAAUGCAGUAUCUACUGUGCAAAUGCAGCACAAUAGUCUUCUUUCUGAUGUUGAAGUCAGUCUUGAAAGUGUUGUUGAAGACUGCAGUCUCCUGGCCAGUCUUGGAUGUUACUGGACUAGCUGUCGGCAUCUGCAGCCAUUAGUAGUAGGAUUUUGCUUGCAAGUGAAUCAGCUCACCCACUUCAGCUGCUUUAAUGAAUCAGGAUAACAUUUUCUGGACAUUGUUGCCAUGGUGAUGCAAGCUGAAAACUGAUUUCAAGGUGCAACGCUAAGCUUGCACCUAACAUGGCACCUAGCUUAUAACACUGUUAAAAAUGUGAACAAGCCAGAGAAUGCGCUAACUGCAGAAACACAAUGUCAAAUGCCAAAGAUGGUCGUUACAAGAGGUUAAUGACCUGGCAUUCUCUGUCUACACAGCAUGCAAUGACUUUUCUUGCUUUUAAAACUGAGUUUAUACAUUGGAAAUCAGCAGACACUACAAGUUAUAUUUUAUUCUGAAUUUCAAAGCAUCAGUUGAAUGCAAUAUUGUUACUCUGUGUUUGUUGUUUGUUGUUCGUAGCCAUUUUUGCUUUUGUUGCUUUGUUUGAGCCUUUGAGAACAUACAUAUUUUUGUCAAUGUUUUUCUUCCUUCAAGAUGGGCCAAUCAGCCUACCUGACCAUGUUUAGUCAUAGCACUGAUCAAACAAACAGUGUACAUAUGGCGAUAAACUAUUAUACUCAUCUUGCAUAUGCUUCUGCAAUGUUUAGCUACUUGCAUUUAUAUUCUACUUAGGCUUUAGCAGUCUCUACUCUGCCAUGCACGAUGCUGCUCUAACUUACCAACUUUAAUUAAAUGUGCUACAUUUAUA